GCUUGUUGCUGUUGAUAUGAUGUCGUUUUCAAUAUUCUUGUCGUUUGGUAUGAGUCAGAAGAAGAGCUGUUAAGAGAGAGAUACAUCAUAUACAUAUAUUUAUGGUUUGGUAGUGAGGAGGAGAAUCAUGAUAUGUAACCAUGCACCAAACCAAAGCAUGAACUCCCCAACCCUACCACCAAUAACACCCUAGAAGAAUUAGAAAAUGAGCCUUCAAACCCAAUACAAGUGACUAAAGCCUCUCAACCACUUUCUUCUUGUUCUUCACUUUCACCCAUUACUUCCUUUCUUUCUACUCUUUCACUCACUUCUCCUUCCAAUAUGGCGAUUCGGGUGUUUCAAAAUCCGGUCUCUCUUUCUUCUAGGCUUGUUAUUCAGUUGUUAUGGGCACUCGGUUUUCUUAGCUUGGUGGCAGCUGAUGGUGGAGCUGAAGUUGGUUAUGGUGGCGGCAAUGGUGGUAGUGGUGGUGGAGAAUUAGAGCUUUGUAAUAAUGAUUUGAGUAAUUUUCUGCCACCACCUUUUGGUAACCUUACUAAUGUUGUUUGCAAACCAAUUUGGAACACUUUUGUUUUGAGGUACACUCAAAAUGAAGACAAUGUGAUGAACAUUGUGUUAUCAGCUGUAUACACAACUGGAUGGGUUGGAAUAGGAUUUUCAAAAGAUGGAAUGAUGGUUGGUUCAAGUGCCAUUGUUGGUUGGGUUACAAAAAAAGGCCAAGCAAGAGUUAAACAAUUUUACUUACAAGGUUCAAGAAAAUCACAAGUCAUAGCAGACAAAGGUGAAUUACCACUAACUGGUAUACCCUCUUCUGUUGUUCUUCAUGGACCAAGAAUUUACUUAGCUUUUCAGUUGAAAUUCGAAAAACAACCUCUCCAUCACCAACCCCUUAUUCUUGCUUUCGGAUUUUCAUAUCCGAAUCACUUGCAUUUGUCUCAUCACGAUGACAAAACAACCAUAAUGUUUGACUUCAAUGCAGGCUCAGCAAGUGAUGCACCUAGUGAUCUUGGCAAAAUGAAGAAGAAUCAUGGGAUAUUGGCCAUACUAGGAUGGGGUUUAAUUCUUCCUUUCGGGGCGAUUAUCCCAAGAUACUUCAAGCACAAGGAUCCUGUUUGGUACUAUUUGCAUUCAGUGAUUCAAUUAGUUGGAUUUGUGUUUGGUCUUGCUGCUGUUGUACUUGGACAACAACUUUAUAACAAGAUUGGAGCUCAUUUUCCAACACACAGAGGCAUUGGCAUCUUUAUUCUUGUUCUUAGCAUCCUUCAGAUUUUGGCAUUCUUUCUUCGACCGAGCAAGGAAGCAAAGAUUCGUAGGUACUGGAAUUGGUACCACCAUUCAAUGGGAAGACUUGCCCUUCUUUUCGGAGCAUUGAACAUAGUGUUGGGGAUGCAAAUUGGAGGAGCUGGGAAUGAUUGGAAAAUUGGUUAUGGAUUUGUUCUUGGUAUAGUUCUUCUCUCAGUCAUUGUUUUGGAAACUUUGAAAUGGAUUAAAAAAUCAGAGGAGAAAAAAAUGGCCUCAACAUUCCAAAUGGAUCCAGUACAAUAAACACUCAUACACAUAUAUGGAAUAGUGAUGAAAUUGUGUUCUCCAAAAUUAACAAGAGAAUAUUUGUAUAUAUUUCAUAUUCUUGAUUGUAUAAGUUGAGCAUUUUUGUUUUGUUGUUUUGUUGAAAAUUUUACUGUAAUUUUUUUUACCUUAUAUAAUUAUCCCAAUUUUUAUUCAA